AUGACGACGCCGGCGAAUGCCCAGAAUGCCAGCAAAACGUGGGAACUGAGUCUGUAUGAGCUCCACCGGACCCCUCAGGAAGCCAUUAUGGAUGGCACAGAGAUUGCAGUUUCCCCUCGGUCACUGCAUUCAGAGCUCAUGUGCCCCAUCUGCCUGGACAUGCUGAAGAAUACGAUGACAACCAAGGAGUGCCUCCACCGAUUCUGCUCUGAUUGCAUUGUCACGGCCCUGCGCAGCGGGAACAAGGAGUGCCCUACCUGCCGAAAGAAGCUGGUAUCCAAGCGGUCUCUGCGGCCAGAUCCCAACUUCGAUGCUCUGAUCUCUAAGAUCUACCCCAGCCGGGAGGAAUAUGAGGCCCACCAAGACAGGGUGCUCAUCCGCCUCAGCCGCCUGCACAACCAGCAGGCGCUGAGCUCCAGCAUUGAGGAGGGGCUGCGAAUGCAGGCCAUGCACAGGGCCCAGCGUGUGAGGCGGCCGAUGCCUGGGUCAGAUCAGACCACAACGAUGAGUGGGGGGGAAGGGGAGCCUGGGGAGGGAGAGGGGGAUGGAGAGGAUGUGAGCUCAGACUCCGCCCCUGACUCUGCCCCAGGCCCUGCUCCCAAGCGACCCCGUGGAGGGGGCGCGGGGGGGAGCAGUGUAGGGACAGGGGGAGGUGGCACUGGUGGGGUGGGUGGGGGUGCCGGUUCUGAAGACUCUGGUGACCGGGGAGGGACUCUGGGAGGGGGAACCCUGGGCCCCCCAAGCCCUCCCGGGGCUCCCAGUCCCCCAGAGCCAGGUGGAGAAAUUGAGCUCGUGUUCCGGCCCCACCCCCUGCUCGUGGAGAAGGGAGAAUACUGCCAGACGAGGUAUGUGAAGACAACUGGGAAUGCCACAGUGGACCAUCUCUCCAAGUACUUGGCCCUGCGCAUUGCCCUCGAACGGAGGCAGCAGCAAGAGGCGGGGGAGCCAGGAGGGCCUGGAGGGGGCGCCUCUGACGCCGGAGGACCUGAUGGGGGAGGCGGGGAGGGUGGGGGUGCCGGAGGAGGUGACGGCCCUGAAGAGCCUGCCUUGCCCAGUCUGGAGGGUGUCAGCGAAAAGCAGUAUACCAUCUACAUCGCCCCCGGGGGCGGAGCUUUCACGACACUGAAUGGCUCGCUAACCCUGGAGCUGGUGAAUGAGAAGUUCUGGAAAGUGUCCCGACCACUGGAGCUCUGCUAUGCCCCCACCAAGGAUCCAAAGUGA